AACUUAUCCCAACAAAAAUCGUCCCUUUUCACCAAAGUGGCUCGAUUUACUUUUCAUCGUUUUCAGUUUUUCACCAUUUCAAAAUAGCAAUCGCAUAAUCUCACUUCACUCAUCUCGUAGAGGAAACCUCUCUUUUAGCUUUAUCAAUUUGGGUUUUCAUCAAUGGCGGAUCAUACUAAUCUAGCGAUCGAUCCUGAGCUCGUCCUCGCUUACAAAUUUCCCGAGACGACAUAUCAGUAUUCUGAGAGAGACUCGGCUUUAUAUGCGCUUGGUGUCGGAGCAUGUGGGACUAAUGCAGUUGAUGCCGAUGAACUCAAGUAUGUUUACCAUAAUGAUGGUCAAGAAUUCAUCAAGGUCUUGCCAACUUUUGCCGCUAUAUUUUCACUUGGUUCCAAUCGAAAUCUUUUCAAUAUUCCAGGAAUGGAGUUUGAUCCACGACUUCUCUUGCAUGGACAACAAUAUAUAGAAAUUUACAAGCCACUUCCCUCAAACAGUUGUAUAAGAAACACAGCAAAAGUUGCUGGGUUGCAUGACAAAGGUAAAGCAGCUAUCCUGGAAAUAGAAAUGACAAGUUUUGAUGAGGAGUCCAAGGAACCACUUUGCAUGAACAGGACCACAGUCUAUUUGAGGGGUGCUGGUGGUUUUUCAAGGUCUUCACAUCCCUAUUCUUUCACAAAUUAUUCAGGGAGCCAGUUUCCAGCCAUUAAACUCCCCAGAACUCAACCUUUUGCAUCAUUUGAGGAUGUUACUCGACCAUCUCAGGCAUUGCUAUACAGACUCUCUGGUGAUUAUAAUCCGUUGCAUUCCGAUCCUGUGGUUGCAGAGACAGCAGGUUUCCCUCGUCCGAUAUUGCAUGGACUCUGCAGUCUUGGGUUUGCAGUCAGGGCUGUUAUUAAAUGUAUUUGCAAAGGGAAUUCAGACAUGGUCAAAAGCUUAUCAGGUCGGUUUCUUUUACAUGUCUUCCCUGGUGAAACUUUGAUCACAGAAAUGUGGCUAGAGGGUUUGAGGGUUAUAUAUCAGGUAAAAGUGAAGGAGAGAAACAAAGUGGUGCUUUCUGGUCAUGUUGAACUUAACCGUCUAUCUUCACAGCUGUGAAUCAUCAACUAAACAUCAUACAGUAAUACAGUAUACCCUGUAAGUUUUUGUUGUUACCUUUAUCAGUUACUGUACAGACUACAGAGAUAGUGUUACUUUCAAGUAAUAAAUGGGAUAAACCUCCGUUUACUAUUUAGUGAAAAACUUGGGUAUGGAUCAACAGGGGCGAAGAAUCUUCAUUUUCUUGUAUUUUGAUAUCGAAAUCUGUAAUUCAAAGCUUGUUGUAGUAUACUUAUAUUAUGUAUUUGUGCUAUUGGUUGUAUGGGAAUCAAAGUGUUUUAUCGCUUGAUUGUUGAUUGAGGAGAAUCUUCUGAA